AUGGACGAGCCCAUUUUCACCCGAGACGGCAUCCCUGUUUACUUCGCUCUGCACUACUCAAUCAAAGGACUCGAGACCAUACAGGCUGUGUCUGAUAAGAUAUGGGCUAACGGUGGCGAUGUAUUAGACGACGAUGACGGAGUUGAAAUCAUUCUCAUCGACCCUACCGCCGUAGGGACAAGCCAACGUUACCUGCAGGAUGCAUACGACUCCCAUCCUGAUAUCAAAAAGCGUCAGAUAUGGAUUAAGGAAAUGUCUUUUGUCGACGAAUGCAUAGAAGCGGGUUUCUUCCAUUUGGAACCUCCACUCAAAAGGGCGAUGCCUGGAUUUCCUCCCGGGAGGGGAAGGAUCGCAUAUACACACGAAGAUGACGAGAAUUUGUGCAAACAUUUAGCUCGUACCCUUCCGAAUCCCGCCUCCGGUGGUCGUCAAUCCCUAAAUUUUUACAAGAAGCUGGUCUCCUAUCCCAAGUGUGUGAAAGGGGUUUAUGAAUGGACCAGCAGACAUACAGCUCAGAGUUGGCGAGAACACUACAAGAAGAAUCAAGCUCGUCUCGACUCACGAAUUGCUGAAAUCGUUGCUCUAGAAGGAAUCAAUUCCAAGGCCCUUUAUCAUAAAGGCCGACUGCUUCCAGGCGAAGAAGGGCAAGAGGUAGAUGAAGAUGAAGAUGAAGAGACUUAUGAUGAGAUUCAUGAAGUCGAGUCCAGAAAUAACUUUAGGCGAAUAUUUACGAAGGGAAGGGGACGCGUCGUACAAGGCGAGCAUCUACCUGAAGAGGAGGAAAAUCUGGAAGAGGAAAAUUUGGACGAAGACGAAGACGAUGCCCAAGCUACUUCAAAGUCUCGCACACCUAAAUCCAAAUCCCACAACCGCUCUGAACCUCAACCCACCCGUGCUGAUACACCGGACGGUAUGCGCGAGCCAGGAAUUUCCCAAACCUUGGUCAACAUAAACCCCCCUACACAACCACCUAAUCAGGAUGAAGAUGGCAUGGAGGAAUUUUCUGUUCCUACUGCGUUAGAGGGUGGAGUGGACCCUGAAAAUGCGCAACCGUUCACGUUCUCACUCGAACAGCUAAUGCCGUUAGCCGGCGCAGGACCAAACGAUCGACUUUCAGUUGACCCUCCUGCACUCGAAGACCCACCUUAUUAUAAUACACGGUCUCGAGCACGCUCCCGGUCUGCAUCCGUAGAGCCUCUUCCUCUCCCUCCUGCUCCAUCACGCAAGACACGGAAAGUACCUGAACCUUCGCAAACAUUACCGCCCCUUCGUGAAGCUUCGCAUGAACCAGAAUCCUUACCCUCCAAAAUGGAGUAUGAGCACGAGCAUGACCCUCUGUUCUCGGACUCUGAAUCUCAACCGGAAUCACAGCCAAACCCCCAAACGGCAACGAUUGAAUCGCGCAAACGAGGGCGAGCCGGGGACGACGACGAGUCAGAAGACGAUAGGCAAGUACGGAUGAUGUUAGAAAAAGCUCAGAACGAGUCUGUCCGAACUGAGCCCGCCGUUGCGACUCCUGCUCGUGGACUGGGGCGUGGACAAUCGAGAAAGCGGACGCCGUCUGUGGUACCUGACACGCCCGCUCGUGGACGUGGACGAAGAAAGCAGACACCUUCAGUGGCAUCUGAAAGCAGUGGUUCAGUUGUGCCUGUCGAUGGAACCCGGGCUAGUGCCCAGAAGCAAAAGAGGACCAAGGAAGAGACGUACAAUACGAUCUUCAAACCUAUACCCGGUACAGAGGCAGCACGUCAGGCUGAACGACUGGGAAGAUCAUAG